UCGGUUUACCGACACCGGAGAAGCGACCAUGCUGUGGAAACUAGUUGAGAAUGUCAAGUAUGAAGAUAUAUAUGAGGACCGGCAUGACGGUGUCUCGAGCCACAGCUCGCGCCUGUCCCAGCUGGGCUCGGUAUCGCACGCGGGACCCUACUCCAGCGCGCCGCCGCUGUCUCACGCGCCCUCGUCGGACUUCCAGCCUCCGUACUUCCCGCCGCCGUACCAGCCGCUCGCUCACUACCAGAGCCAGGACCCGUACUCCCACGUGAGUGACCCCUACUCCCUGAACUCCCUGCACCAAAGCCAGCAGGGCGCAUGGGGGGCGCGGCAGCGGCAAGACGCCGCCGGGGACCGGAUGGAGAGCUCCGCUCUGCUGGCGCAGCCCCGGGCCUCGCUGCCUCAACUGUCCGGGCUGGACCCACGGCGGGACUACGGCGGCGUACGGCGGCCCGACGUGCUGCUGCACUCCGCUCACCCGGGACUGGAGCCCGGUAUGGGGGACGGACUGCUGCACGGGCUGCACGGUAUGGAGGAUGUCCAGACCAUCGAAGACACCAACGGAACGAACAUCCUGGAUCAAUCAGUAAUUAAGAAAGUUCCCAUGCCACCCAAAAACGUGGGCUCCCUGAUGCUCGGCAAGGACGGGCUGAUCGGCGGAGUGACCGUCAACAUAAACGAGGUGUUCUGCUCGGUGCCCGGCCGCCUGUCGCUGCUCAGCUCCACCUCCAAGUACAAAGUGACCGUGGGGGAGGUGCAGAGGAGACUGUCCCCGCCCGAGUGCCUCAACGCCUCCCUGUUGGGGGGCGUGUUGAGAAGAGCGAAGUCCAAAAACGGUGGGAAGUGUCUGAGGGAAAAGCUGGAGAAGAUCGGACUGAAUCUACCUGCCGGAAGACGCAAAGCCGCCAAUGUCACAUUACUAACAUCCCUCGUAGAAGGUGAAGCGGUCCACCUGGCCCGGGAUUUCGGUUACAUCUGUGAGACGGAGUUCCCCACCAAGGCCGUGAGCGAGUACCUCAACCGGCAGCACGCGGACCCCAACGAGCUGCACACGCGGAAAAACAUGCUGCUGGCGACAAAACAGCUGUGUAAGGAGUUCACAGACCUGCUGGCCCAGGACAGGACUCCCCUGGGCAACUCGAGGCCCACCCCCAUCCUGGAGCCCGGCAUCCAGAGCUGCCUCUCCCACUUCUCCUUCAUCACGCACGGCUUCGGGUCGCCCGCCAUCUGCGCCGCGCUCACCGCCCUCCAGAACUACCUCACCGAGGCUCUCAAAGGACUCGACAAGAUGUUUCUCAACAACCCUUCCAACAACCGGCACGGGGACGCCGGCAACAAGGCCGGUGACAAAGAGGAGAAGCAGCGGAAAUGAAGCAGGGGGAGGAGGGGAGCAAUGGCGGAGAGCCGAGCGGGAGGCGGCAACACACACAGAGGCGUUACACCGUUACUUCUAGCUUUACACCACUGCGACUGACCUGCCACACACAGGGCUGAGGUGGGGAGGAGGAGGAGGAGGAGGAGGAAGAGGAAGGCUUGGUAGAGAGAAAAAAAGGCAGAGGAAGACACCCGUGGGCCAGUGACAGAGAGCACAGAGGGAUUUUUCAUCUGUGUUACGUUCUUCUUUUCAUUCCCCCCGAGGACAUGGUGGUUUACUGUGUUACAUCCAUUUCGCUCCCCCUGCCUGCAUCCUGUGAGACUGAGAUGCUGUGAGCAGCCAACAAAAACAACACCGUGUGUGUCGGCGCGCCUGAACGAAUGUGUUUGUGUGUGCGUGCGCGCGCUUGUGUUUGUCUUCAAACAGAAAAAGCAUUGUGGGUACGAAAAAUCGGGUGACGAGCAUUCUAUCUGUGAAACAGGUUUGUCUGGUUAUUUAACACAAGUACGAGGAGGGAGGGUGUUAAUUUA